AAAGCAUUGGAAGAAGGUUGAAGUAAAGCUGGAAGAUCAUGUAAACAUCCCUAAUUUCUCCUCAGGAUUAUCACCACAAUCUUAAGACAACCAUCUAAGCAACUAUCUGUCCAAGAUAGCAAUGGAACAGCUCCCACAUAAUCGGCCACUAUGGAAUAUUCAUAUCAUCAAGUACACUACUAGCAACGCAGCUGGUAAUAUAAUAUUCAAGCUUCAUCAUUCAUUGGGUGACGGCUAUUCUCUCAUGGCUGCUCUUCUUUCUUGUCUACAAAGAGCUGACAAUCCUUCGGUUCCAUUGACAUUUCCUUCACUUACUUCUGCCCAGAACCCAAAUCUUUCCGUCAGAGGUACCAGCAUAUACAGGAACAUUCCUAAAGUGUUACGGUCAGCCUUCAACACUGUAUCAGAUUUUGGAUGGAGCUUGAUGAAAAGCAGCUAUGUUGAAGAUGAUAUUAGUUUGAUAAGAUCUGGGAAUCCUGGGGUAGAGUUCAAGCCAGUUGUAAUUUCAACAAUGACAUUUUCACUUGAUGACAUCAAACAGAUCAAGACCAAGCUUAGAGUGGAAUAA